AUGAGAUCAAAGAAACUUCACCUCAAAGUCGAACUUCCAACGAUGCUGAAAGCUCAGUUGAAAAAAAGAUAUCGACAACUGCAGGAUUCGAACCUGCGCGGGCAAAGCCCAAAAGAUUUCUAA